AAAGAAAAAAAAAAAAAAAAAAACAAUACCUAACCCCUGGACCUUGCUCAAAGCGUUUCUCCUCCCGAAGGACGGCGAGGCAUUGUCGCCGUCAUUGGACCAGACGGAAGGAGGAAUGAGCCAAAGAGAGGCCUAGGAGCAGCGAAAAAAGAGCUUUUUUUUUUCCUUUUAUCUCCAUCCCUCUACACUCUCUUCAAUCCAAGUUCAGAUCUCUAGAGCAAAAAUUCGGUGUCGGAAAGAUGGCCGGCAGUCCAUGGAUUCAGAUCUCCACUUGCAAAUCUUUGAUUAUCUCCCCUUCGAUUUCCCCUAUUCAUAAUUCUCAGAAUUUUAUGCCCUGUCUUCCCCCCAAACCUUCGAAGAAGAAGCUUUGUCAAGUGAGGGCAAGUUCUGCAAGUGCGGGUCAGAAUCCAUCAUCUCCUCCGAAAGGAAAGAACCCGUUGGCACUUGUGCUUGAAGCUCCUGGGACCAUCUGGAAGCAAGCUUUCCAACCACUUAGUGAUUUUGGGUUCGGUCGAAGUAGCAUCUGGGAAGGUGGAGUCGGACUGUUUAUGGUGUCUGGGGCAGCUCUUCUUGCCCUCGCACUGGUGUGGUUGAGGGGGUUCCACAUGAGGUCACGGUUCAGGAAAUAUCAGACGGUGUUCGAAUUCUCCCAAGCUUGUGGGAUUUGUGUGGGAACACCAGUCAGGAUACGAGGGGUGACUGUCGGAAGUGUGGUCCAAGUUGAUUCAUCUUUGAAAAGUAUUGAUGCAACUGUCGAGGUUGAGGAUGACAAAAUUAUUAUACCUCGAAAUUCUUUGGUUGAGGUUAAUCAAUCUGGCCUUCUUAUGGAGACCUUGAUUGAUAUUACACCACGAAAGCCACUUCCUACACCAUCUGCAGGUCCUCUUGAUCCAGAUUGUGCCAAAGAGGGUCUUAUUGUUUGUGAUAAAGAGAGGAUAAGGGGAAAACAGGGGGUAAGCUUGGAUGAAUUGGUUGGAAUAUUUACCCGUCUUGGACGAGAAAUGGAAGAAAUCGGCAUUUCUAGAAGCUACAGAUUGGCUGAAAAGGUUGCAUCUGUUGUAGAAGAAGCACAACCGCUCCUUGCAAAGAUUGAAGCCCUGUCUGAAAAUAUACAACCUUUGCUUGCUGAGGUUCAUGACAGUGCUUUACUGAAGGAUGUGGAGAUUUUAGCCAAAAGCCUGGCUGAUGUAACUAAGGAUCUGAGUGAGGUGCAGUCUGCCAUUUUAACUCCUGAGAAUGCUGAACUUAUCAGGCAGUAUAUUUUCACACUUCAGUUUACACUGAAAAAUAUUGAGAGUAUAAGUUCUGACAUCUCAGGCUUCACGGGUGAUGAAGCUACAAGACGGAAUCUGAAGUCGCUAAUACAGUCUCUUAGCAGGAUUUUAUGAAGAUUUCUGAAGCCUGACUGUCACCAAUACCAGCUAGACUUCUAUGUUAAAACUUUUGACAGGAGGAGGUUGCAUAUGGGAGGGGAAGCGGGAAGAAACAUCGGUCACGUCUACAAUUCUCGGGGCUGUAGUUUGAAGGAGAACUUGACACAUAAUUUAUGUCAAAAAAAAAUGUGAAAUUUUGUUCAAUUUUUCCCCUUUGUAGCUCUAAGCUUUCUUUCGGUGCAACUGCUUUCAGGUCUCAUGCUGUGAUACCUACAUGCUGUGAUACCUACAUGAGACAGCUGGAGUAAAUUUUUUUUUUUUUUUCUCAAAAUUUUAUCAUGGAACAUUGUAAGAGUUGUCAAUUUUAUUUGGUGAUGUAUAAUUUUCUUCUGUCAUACUUGACCAUUUUGUAUUGUGAAUUGGCAUGUAUGAAGUUACCAAGCUUGCUAUUUGGCUGAGUACCUCCAAA